AGGAAGUUCUUAUUAUUAGCCAUUCAGCAAGACGUUCAAAAGUUGUAGUUGCUCUAUGCGUUGCCAAAAUAUAUUCUUCCUCUAUUAUUCCCAUGCUGGUUCUACCCAGUUCACCCUACACACGUGUUGUUGUUGUUUUUUUGUUGUUUUUUAACCUUUUUUUAUUAUUUUUCUAGCAGAAAAAACCCAUUUCUUUUAUACCUUUAAAGUAACUCAUCAAUAUUUAUAAAUCACAAAUCCAAUUAAAAGCACUCAGGUGGAGUGUCAUUAAAAAAAGGAAAACAUUUAUCUUAUAGUAUUUUUUAAAUUUUCAUUUCUUUCAGAUGUUAUCUUCACAAGGGUAAAAAAAAGGAAAAAGAACAAGAACAAGAAAAGAUAUAUUUAAAACAUGCAAAAGGAUGUUUUUACAUAUUUAUAAAAUGCAACUAUUGUGAAUGUAUUGGAGUUAAAUUCUUCGCAUAGAAAGACUUCAGCGCUUAGAGUCCUAAAGAAGUUUUAAAAUAUUCUCCCAGGCAUAUCUAGGAGUACCUGAAGUUGAUGGAUUUCGCUACUAGUAAAUAAAAAAACUUUUCAGAAAAAAUCUCUUCUCCCAAGAUUGUAGCAUACAGUACCAACAUGACGCUACAAAAUAACACUAAAUGCAAAUCAUCAAAAAGAACACGUGCCAUCAAAGAGAAGUUAUCUCGUCAAAAAACAAUAUGGCAAAAGCUAGUGGAAUCUGAGCCUCACAUGGCAUUGGUUGUGAGCUAUUGUGGAUUUUUCCUUCUCUACGGAAUGUCUGAUGAAAUUCUUGGGCCUACAUUGAUCGAACUUAGUUGCUUAGCAUCAAAAGCAUUAAAAUCAAUGAGUUGGUUGUUUUUCUCCCAUGACUUGGGAUUGUUAUUUGGAACACUCUUUGGUGGAAUAAUAGUUUCCAGCGUGGAUAAAAACUUGGCAAUCACAAUAUGCCUUCUUUCAAAUGCAGCAUGCAUAACAAUAUUACCAAUUCUCCACCGCUUUGUUGGUAUGAUUCUUUUUGUCUUGUUCUAUGGUGUCUUUCUUGGAAUACCAGACACUUUAUCCAACGUGAUGCUGGUGAAUGUAUUUGGUAAAGAGGUCGCUCCAUAUUUGCAAGGUGUUCACUUUUUCUAUGGCUUUGGCGCCUUUCUCAUUCCAUUAAUAGCAAGACCUUUUCUGAGAAGAGAAUGUUCAUACCAGGUUAAUACUACUACUUAUUUUUCAUCACCAAUUGCACCCAUAAAUGUGACGUAUGACAAUGAAACUGGACUGUGGUCUUCAAAACUAACAGAGCAAAGAUUAGAUAGCAGUAGUGAUGUAAUGUAUGCAUACUGGAUGACGUCAUUACUCCAUGUGCCGGUAAUUCUUGGUUUAAGUUGGCUAUAUUUCAGAAGGCAUUUGGAUCAUCAGAAAGGAAUAUACCGUGAUUCGUUUAAAUCGUUGCACAAUGAUGAUGAAUUACCAGUGAAUUCUCUUGACAUAAUUCCAUUCGACCCUGAUGCGACAUUUUGGGAAAGGAUACAAAAAAACGCCAAGCAGAGAUUACUAGCUGUUACCAUCCUAUGUUCUCUUCUCAUGUAUGUUUAUGAAGGUUUAAUGGCAAUGUUUGGCGGUUAUGCUUACUCCUUUGCUGUAAAGGGCGUUGCUGGCAUGACGUCAGAUCAGGGUGCAUAUUUGACAUCAAUGUAUUGGGGCUUCUUUGCACUGGGAAGAUUUUUAUGUAUCAUUCUGGCCUUUUUAAUUACACCAAAGAGCAUGUUAAUGGCUAAUGUUGUUGGUUGUUUAAUAUCAGCUAUAGUAUUAGUAUUUGGCCAUGCAAGUAUUGAGACAGUUUUUGUUGGCACUUGCAUGUUAGGCUUUUGCUUAAGUAGCACUGCUCCGACUAUUAUUUCGAUGGCAGAACAAUACGUUGAUCUGACUGCUCACACAACAAGCACACUGGUCAUAUCUUCUGCACUUGGAGAACUCACAUUGCCUAUUAUAGUUGGUCAGGCUUUUGAAAGGCUUGGUCCAAACGUUUUUCCAACAACUGUGGUAUUGUUAUGUCUUCUUGGUUUUGUUGGUUAUUGUUUGCUUUUAACAUUUGAUAACGAUAAAGCAUACGAACACGCCAGCUCCAUGUUACGCAUUGUUAAAAAUUUCCUGUGCUUUGGAUGUGAAUCAGAGGCACAAAAACGGUAUAGAGAUUAUGCUUUAAUUGAACAAAGUUUAUCAGAAUAUCCAUCAAGUUGCGACAUCUCCGAUCCGGAUAGUAGUAAGGUAAUUCCGAAACCAAUCGUGACAGCUCAAAAAAUGCAACCUCCUGAAAUGGAACUGAUCGAUGAAGAUGACAUUAUUGGUGAUUAUGUUUAUGAAGGUUCUGAGAAUGUGCUACCCGUGGAAACUGACCUGAUGUUUGGUAAUGGCAAAGCAAUUAAAUGACUGAGAUGAAAAUGUAGAUUUUGUACUGUUGAUAAAGAUCACCUAACAGAAACUAA